AUGUCUGAAGAGCCUCAAGGGGCAUCUUCACCAAACCAGUUUAUACCUUAUUCCAUAAACUGUAAAUCCAAAGAAUUCUCCUUAUUGAUACGCAGAACCAAAAAGAAAAUCAUCCUUGAAGAACAACGAAGGGUUGAGCAAGAACAAACAAAACUGCAAGAAGAGCUUUUUAACGAAGCAAGGCAAAAAUUAAAAAUUUGAGAUGAUGAAAACAAGGCUUCAGUACUUUCUAAAGAAAAUUACAUAAAUAAAUCAGCGAGAAACAUGGCAAUUAUGUAUAUGAAAAGCGAAAAAUACAACGGUGAAUGCACUUAUGAUCAAAUUUUUUCAGUUUAUAAAAUUCUGAAUGCAAGUGAGAGGGAGAAAAGAGAAAUUACUUAAAGGGCUUUUUUCAGGCCCAAGUCCCAAAAUUAAAAACCCUUCAAUAAGUCUUCUAAAAUUUUUUUUGAUAAUGUCAUCAAAAAGUGGCGACGUCGAGAUUUGUCGAGGAGACCCUUGCUUCUCUUUAUUUCAGGACUUAUCGGCCACAGGCUCCUAGUUCAGGGGGAAAUCAGCCUUAAGAUGAUUGUAUGGUCCUCUUUAAUGCCCCACGCUCCGCUCGAAGCUUCCUAGCAUCUUUUUUUCCAUGAAGUCAUCCCAAAUUUUUUGCUACCCGUCAAAGAAAGAAAGAAAGAUUUGCUAUAUCCCUACCCUAAUUAUUGGUCUUUCUUCAGUUUGCUCUUCAGGUGCAGCUUCUUCAGAUGAUUGAGUCUGUUCUUCUACUGGAGUUUGCUCUCCUACCCGUCUAAGGGUCCAGGAAAAAGCUUAAUUACAGCUAGCAAAACUCACCCCGGACCUCUCUCAAGCUGUGGGCCCUCGGACCCUAGGCCAAUGACUCUAGGGCCGGGUCGGCUAUUAGGCCAUUUCUGGUCAAAUAAAGAGUGAAUGCAAGUGAAGAAUUUAUAAAAGUGAAAUAUUUAUCAGAAGAGAAAAAAGAGCAGCUUGCUUCAACUUUUAGACAGCUUGCAAGAGUGUUGCACCCAGAUAAGAAUAAGCAUCCUUUAGCAAGAGAAGCGUUUCUUAAGGUUUCCAAUACGUACGCAGCUGUCACUUCAAGCUAG